CAGCACUAAGGUUCGACCUUCAAUUUGCUACCAACCUUCAUCGGUGGACGAUACCCUUGAAGCGUUGCAUAAGGUUACUCGAUAUCGGUUUUAUGGGUUUGGUGUUACCCGGAAAUGUACUGUAGAAGUAUGCGCCCUGUGAGUCGUUCUGUACACAGAAGUGGCAACGUAGUUGGUAUGGGGUUAUUAAGAUCUAAAGGGAUGGUUAUACUGGCUGGUAACUCUCACCCUGAGUUAGUUAAGGCUGUUUGUCACCAUCUUGACGUUCGUCCUGGGAACUGUUCAGUAUUUUUCCGUUCAAGUCGCGAGACGGAUGUUGAGAUUAAAGAAACUGUCAGGGGCCGAGAUGUCUAUAUUAUACAAUCAGGAACUAAGGAUGUCAACAAUGACAUUAUGGAGCUAUUGAUUAUUGCUCAUGCAUGCAGAUCAGCUUGCGCUCGUAAAGUCAUUGCAGUAGUACCGUACUUACCUUACUCAACACAGAGCAAAAGAAGAAAGCGUGGCCCUAUCACCAGUAAACUUGUAGCUAAAAUGCUCUGCGCUUCAGGAAUCAACCACUUGAUCACUUUGGACCUUCAUUCAAAAGAGAUUCAGGGGUUUUUCGAUGUUCCGAUUGACAAUUUACGUGCUUCUCCGUUUUUGACAAAGUACAUUGAAACAUACAUAACUGAUUAUCGAAACGCAGUUAUUGUUGCUCGAAAUCCCGGAGUAGUACCUCGAGCUAGCAGUUAUGCUGAACGUUUGAGGUUACCAUUAGUUGUUAUUCAUGGCGAAGAAAGAGAUGAAAGUGACAAUACUGACGGUCGCAAUUCCCCACCUUUGGAUCAAAGUAUUGUGGAAAAAAGAUGUACACAAAUUGGCCUUGAACUUUUACCUAUGAUGAUACCUAAAGCUAAACCACCUUUAACCUUGGUUGGAGAUGUGAAUUCAAGAAUCGCUAUUAUAAUUGACGACAUUAUAGAUGAUGUAUCAAAGUUUGUUACUGCUGCUGAGCUACUGCAUGAACGAGGUGCAUAUAAAAUCGAUCAUUCUGCCAGAAUCAACGUAGGAUCGAACACAAAUGUACCUAAGGCCAAGUUACCAUUCUACGUCAGCACGACGAGAUGAAAUAAACAAGAUUAAUACCAAUGGUGUAGAAAUAAUUGUAUUCUCAGCGGUAGUGAGGAAGACUUACCACUGAAAAUAUAGUUCGAAAAGACAGUGAAAAGAUGCUUAUGAGGAAGCACUUGGAUUCUAGAUCUAAUGGAAGAGUGGAUGUAUCGGUUGUACUGUUAUCGACUCCAAACAACGUCACUCAAGAUUUCAAACUAUUUGUCUCUGUUAUCGCAAAAACCUUCAACUAGAUAUUUGUUAUUGCAACUCAUGGUCUGCUCAGUUUAGAUGCACCACGUCUAUUGGAAGAAAGUCGUAUAGAUGAAGUAGUUGUAACUAACACAGUACCACAUGAAGUACAAAAAAUGCAGUGUCACAAAAUUCGUACCGUUGAUAUAAGUCCAUUAUUGGCAGAAGCUAUCAGACGUAUUUAUAAUGAUGAAUCUAUGUCUUAUCUUUUUAUGAAUGUACCUAAAGACGAUUAAAUCUCUUCUUUUCUUUUCACAUUUGUUGGGAAAAAGACAACCUUAAAUUAUUUAUCAUUUAAAUACUAAUUAAAGUUGUAAAAUAAUAGAAUUAAUACUCUAAUUCAUUUACUUAUAGUCGUAUUUACAAUCAAUUCUUUCCUGCCAUUAAUUAAAUAAUAAAUAAGUUUUCGUUUUCCUAACCUGAAAAUUGUACAUAUUUAGCACACGUUAUGGUAAGUACUGGUGAUCUAGCUCAACACUAAAAUCGUACUGGUUGUGUUCUUUCACAAAAGCUUUUUCUCUCAAUCCUAACGUGAUAGUUCGCUUAUGCUGUCCUAUGAAUAAAGUUGGCAUUCUAAACAUCGUGUUUUUUCUUGGUUAUAUUUUAUGUGCAACAACGACUUCUGACUCGCUAAUAAAUUGUUAUCAAGAAG